AAGAAAGACAAGCUCAGCAAAUUUCCUAAACAUACUUCAUGACUUGACUGCAGUUAAGUGUGGGGACCAGACAGGACUUGUGGGCACUCCAUAUUGGUUCUGAAGCCUUCACUUACUGUCUCAGGUUUUUGGAAUUUAGCAAUGGAGUCUUUCUCUGCUGAGACCAAUUCAACUGACUUACUCCCACAGCUCCGGAAUCAAUUUCAAGUAGUUGUCUCCAUGGUCAUUCUCAGCGUCACUUUCUUAUUGGGAUUGCCAGGCAACGGGCUGGUGCUGUGGGUGGCUGGUCUAAAGAUGCAGCGAACAGUGAACACAGUUUGGUUUAUCCAUCUCACGCUAGCAGACUUUCUCUGCUGCCUCUCCUUGCCCUUCUCCCUAGCUCACUUGGCUCUCCAAGGACACUGGCCCUAUGGCUGGCUCCUAUGCAAAGUCAUCCCCUCCAUCAUUAUCCUCAACAUGUUUGCCAGCGUCUUCCUGCUGACUGCCAUUAGCCUGGACCGCUGUCUUUUGAUCCUCAAGCCAAUCUGGUGCCAGAAUCAUCGCAAUGUGAGGACAGCCUUCACUAUCUGUGGAUGUAUCUGGGUGCUAGCUUUUGUAAUGUGUAUACCUGUGUUCAUAUACCGGGAAACGUUCAGUGUAGACAACCAUAAUAUGUGUGGCUACAAUUUUGAUCCCUACAGAUCAUUAGAUUAUUCCGACUUCACCUUUGAUCUACUGGAAAAUGGAUCUCUUGACAACUCCAUUGUUCAACUGCCUGGAGAAAUGAAUAAUAGAUUAGACUCUUUCUCUUUACAAACAAAUGAUCAUCCUUGGACAGCCACCACUGUUCUCCAUUCUCAAACAUUUCAAAGACCUUCUGGAGAUUCACUCCCUAUGGAUUCUCCUAGAUUAUCUAAUAAACAUCCAUAUUAUAAUUUAUUUAAACCUGCUGAUGAGGUCUCACCUACAAUCCCCAGCGAGUUUCCCAUUGAAGAUGACAGAACUAACCCACUGGAUAACUCCGAUGCUUCUUUCUCUACUGAUUUAGAGCUUUUAUCUAAUGCUUACAGCAAUCCAUUAGACCCUGAUGAGCCAUCACAAGAUUUCCUGGAUGAUAAUUUAGGCCAAUUUGCAUAUGGCAAUCAAAUGUCAACACCCAUGGUGGCAAUAACCAUCACCAGGCUAGUGGUGGGUUUCCUGAUGCCCUUUAUUGUCAUGGUGGCCUGUUAUAGCCUUAUUAUCUUCCGAAUGCGACGGGGCCGCCUUACCAAGUCUCGGAGCAAAACCUUGCAAGUGGCCAUGAUGGUGGUAGCUGUCUUCUUUGUCUGCUGGGCUCCAUACCACAUUGUUGGAGUCCUGUCAUUGUUUAUUGACUCAGAAACUCCCCUUGGGGAAGCUCUGCUCUCCUGGGACCACGUGUCCAUUGCUCUAGCAUCUGCCAAUAGUUGCUUCAAUCCCUUCCUCUAUGCCCUCCUGGGGAAAGAUUUUAGGAAGAAAGCAAGGCAGUCCAUGAAGGGCAUUCUGGAGGCAGCUUUCAGUGAGGAGCUCACACACUCUACCAGCUGUACCCCAAACAAAGUCUUUUUGGAAAAAAACAGUAUCAGUACAGCUGUGUGAAAAUACAGAGCAACUGACAGAAGCAGAGGUUCUUAGGUAUUCAUCCAGUGCAACAUGUUUCUAAAGGGACAAGGAAUAUGGUGAGCAGGGGAUUUCAGAAAACAUCAAAGAAUCCAUCAGUCCAGAGGUUCUCAAAGUGUGGUCCCACACUAGUGACACCUGGAAACUUGUUAGAAAUGAAUUCUGGAACCCCAGCCCAGACCUGCUGAAUCAGAAACUCUGGGGGUGGGGCCCAGCAAGUGUUUUAACAAGCUCUCUUGUUGCUGAUGAAUGCUCAAUUUGAGAAUCAUUGUUAACAUUAGUCUAUUUCUAUCCCAAACUAAGCCACGUGAGAUGAAUUGAGAAUCUAGUCUGUUUUAAAAUGACGUUACUAUCAUUAAAUUUUUUCUUUAGUAUUAUCUAAAUCCCCUCCCAGAUUCCAUUUAAAACCAUUUCUUCUAAUCCUACCUAAGUGAAAGAUGAUUAUUUAUUCUAUGGCUUUGUUGUGGUGGUGGUGGUGGUGGUGGUGAUGGUAGUGGUGGUGGCUUUAAAUGAAAAGCAAGUGCAAACAGAAAAAGUCUUUGAAAACAAGGAGUUAUAAGACUGAGUCUGAAGCAGAACACAAUGCCAGAUGCCCGCUACUUGGAAUACGCCUGGAGAGAGGACACAGGAAUUUCAAGUUUCCAUUAUUACAACUAAAUAAGCAUCUAUUGUGUAAAGACAGACUACUAAAACAUGUAAAGACUUACUCAUGAAAUGGUACAUAAGCUGUGGUUUGGGGAGUUCUCUAUUUUUCACUCUGUCUGCCUAUUGAUAGAGCUACCUAUUUUCCAUUCCUUUUCUUAAGCUCCUUAAUUCCUUUAUUAUUCCCAUCUCUAAAUCUUCUUCCACAUUAGACUUUGUGCCUCUAAUAAACUAAUUUCAUAAGAUUCAAAUUACUCUCCUCCUCUUGCUCCAAAUUAAUAUUUCCCAAGAAACUCAUUUUGAAUGAAAAGAGAAAGAGG